ACUCAGUCGCUUGCUGCAGCUUACAAUCUGAAUUUCCGCACCGAGGCAAAAGCAGCUGUAACUGUACAGCGAGAGGUCCGCGAGACUUCAUAUUCACUUGAAUGUCGGCUCAAUGAUCGGUAUGAUUUCUUGUUUGCAGAUGCAAUUAAUGAUGUUCAGGACAGGUGUAUUUACACAGGUAUGACUUAAUUGAAAGGAAAUACACUAAAAGAGAGCUGAACUAAUGAGUGGAAGGAGGAGAAGCAAACCCAAUCGGGGUGGAGGACGGUUCAAUAAACCCAGAGGUGGAGGAGGAGGAGGAGGAGGAGGAAGCAGGAAAGCUGCUAGUGGAGAUUGGGAUGAUGGAGAUGAUUUCAGCCUGGAUUUGGGUCCCAGUCAGUCAUUCAAGCCUCCCUCAUCUAGAGGUUCAAGAGGUGUCCGUGGGGCUCGUGGAGGAACCGCCAGAGGAAGAUCUCAGGCACUGCCCAGAAAGCAUGACGAGGAUGAGAAGAGAUCCAGAUUUAGACCCGAGCAAGUGCAACUGCCCCUGCAGAAGAUACACAUGACGUCAGCGAACAAGCUACAGGUCAAAGAACUGCUGUGGGAGCUUCAGAGCCAGGAGUAUCAGACGCCAAAUAGCGGCUCGGACUAUGAAGGUGGUGAGGAGGAAGAGGACGAGGAAGAGGAGUGUGAUGAGCUGGACCGUCGUGAGGAAGGGCAGUUCUGGCAAACCCAUGAUGAUGGAGUAGAACGUGCCGAGAGUGACGUCUGGAUGGAGGACUCGGUCGAGGAGAAGCACACAAAGCCAGAGCCGGUGAUCUCCCUGUUUGCUCUGGGCACUCUUUGCAGAUAUGGGUUUGACCGUGAGCGCUGUCGACAAGCUUUGGAGGCUGGAGAAGAAAGUGGACGUGGUGAGGUUGGAGCGACAUUAGAGCUCCUCCUAUCCCAGAUGUUCACAGAACGUUUUGGCUCCAGCGCCCUCAGACCCCAAACAUCCGAGCUCCCUUCUCAGGAGGAAUGUGUAGCUUUGCGACAGGAAGAGGCCCUCGCUUUGACCGCAAUCUACGGGGAUCGCUUCUGUGAGCGCAUCAGCAGUCGUGUUUGGACUAUUCAGCUUGAUUUGCUGUGGUUGGAUGAAAGUCAGAACAAAAUUUCAGACUCUUCGAAUUGUAAAAAGCAAUCAGGAUCCAAUCAGGUUUGUAAGUUUUACCUGAAGGGGGCAGGUUGUAAGUUUGGAAACCGCUGCAAGUUCAAGCACCAAACUUGUGAAUCGAGCUCUUCCAGAGAUUUUUGUAAGGCAAGUCAACCGGGGUUUAGCAGCACAGAAGCUCCCGUUUACCAGCUGGAGAUUCGUUUCCAACCAUGUAGUUUAUAUCCUUUUCAAGCUCCGCUCGUGGCCUUCAGUAGCACCAAUGAAUCGCUCUCAGGCGCGGGACGCCUCAGUGUCACAGAGCACCUGUUCGAUCAGUCACUCAGUGCUGCGCAGGAAGGACAGCCGGUGGUCUACACCCUCGUUUCCUGUCUGGAGGAGGACGGACCUGCCAGAGAGCUGCUGUCAGCUGGCCAUCACAAGUACAGUGCUCCGCCCCCUGUUCUGACUCCACCCACUGUCACUCCGGCCAGGAAUCGGAGUAGCAGGAACACGGUAGCCAACAGCAUUACGACUGAUAAAGCAGCUAGGGAUCAAUCAAACAACACCACCGAGAGCACACACCACAGAGUGAGACAAAAGGAAGAUGCGUCAUACCUAAGACAGGAUAUUGAUGAUGAACAAGAAGAUGGUGACGAUGAUGAUAAAGAAGAUGAGGAGGAAUGUAUCCCAGUGGAAAAUGAGAGCUAUGUUAACUUGAGGAAGAGGAUGGUGAAGAAGAGCGAGAUCAAAACUGAGCAGAUACUGCAAGAGAGCAAGAAGCUCUGCAGAGAGUUCAAGAAGAAACAGUCAUCGAGGCGCUAUACAUCGAUGCAGGAGCAGAGGCAGAAGCUACCUGCAUGGCAGAAGAGAGAGGCCAUAUUGGAGUGUUUGGAUAAGAACCAGGUUCUCGUCAUCAGUGGGAUGACUGGAUGCGGGAAAACCACUCAGAUCCCUCAGUUUAUCCUGGAUGAUUUCCUUCAGACUGGACGGCAGGAUAGAGUGCCCAAUAUUAUUUGCACUCAGCCACGGCGAAUCUCUGCCAUUGCUGUGGCGACCCGAGUGGCCCAGGAACGAGCAGAGGCCCUGGGUCACUCUACAGGCUAUCAGAUCCGUCUGGAGACCGUCAGGGAGCAGCAGGCGGUCUUUACCCGCCCACCCGAGGGUGCGACCAAAAUCAUCAUCUCCACCAACAUCGCUGAAACUUCUGUCACCAUUGAUGAUGUGGUGUAUGUCAUAGACUCUGGCCGGAUGAAGGAGAAGAGGUGUGUAGUGUAUCCUCUACACUCAUCCCUGUCCAAUGAGGAGCAGCAGGCGGUCUUUACGCGCCCACCCGAGGGUGCGACCAAAAUCAUCAUCUCCACCAACAUCGCUGAAACUUCUGUUACCAUUGACGAUGUGGUGUGUGUAGUGUAUCCUCUACACUCAUCCCUGUCCAAUGAGGAGCAGCAGGCGGUCUUUACCCGCCCACCCGAGGGUGCAACCAAAAUCAUCAUCUCCACCAACAUCGCUGAAACUUCUGUUACCAUUGACGAUGUGGUGUAUGUCAUAGACUGUGGCCGGAUGAAAGAGAAGCGGUACGAUGCUAGUCGCAGUAUGGAGAGUCUAGAGGACGUGUGGUUGUCUCGUGCCAACGCUCUUCAGAGAAAAGGCCGUGCCGGUCGUGUGGCGUCAGGUGUCUGCUUCCAUCUGUUUACGAGCCAUCGCUUCACACACCACCUGAGCCAACAGCAGCUGCCUGAGAUCCAGAGAGUUCCUCUGGAGCAGCUCUGUCUAAGGGUUAAGGUGUUGGAGGUGUUUGCAGAGCGUUCUCUGGAGUCAGUUUUCUCUCAGCUUAUUGAGCCGCCCACUGAAGGCAGUCUGGAGGCCUCUAAACAGCGCCUGUGUGCCCUGGGCGCCCUGACAGACAAGGAGUCUCUGACUCCCCUCGGUUGGCAUUUGGCCUGUCUGCCCGUCGACGUCCGCAUCGGUAAACUCAUGCUGCUGGGAGCCAUCUUCCGCUGCCUGGACCCUGCCCUCACCAUCGCCGCCAGCCUGGCCUUCAAGAGUCCAUUCGUGUCUCCAUGGGAUAAACGAGAGGAAGCUAAUGAGAAGAAGUUGGGGUUCUCUCUGGCGAACAGUGACCAUCUAGCUUUGCUGCAGGCAUACAAGGGUUGGUGUAAUGCAACACAAAGCGGAUUUAAGGCUGGUUACCAGUACUGCAGAGAGAACUUCCUCUCGAUCCGGGGCUUACAGGAGAUAGCAUGUCUUAAAAGGCAGUUUGCAGAGCUUCUGUCUGACAUUGGCUUUGUGAAGGAUGGACUGAAGGCCAGGGUCAUUGAAAAAAUGAGCUCGAAAGGAAGUGAUGGGGUGCUAGAGGCCACAGGCUAUGAGGCCAACCUGAACUCUGAUAACACAAAGCUGAUGUCAGCCAUGCUGUGCGCAGCUCUCUACCCUAAUGUAGUCCAGGUGAGAUCUCCUCAGGGGAAGUACAAGCUCACUAGUAAAGGUGCUAUGAAGAUGCAGCCUAAAGCAGAGGAACUGCGCUUCAUGACCAAGAGUGAUGGAGCCGUCCACAUACACCCCUCAUCUGUCAACUUCUCUGUGCGGCACUAUGACAGCCCAUACCUGGUGUACCAUGAGAAAGUGAAGACCAGUCGAGUGUUUCUGCGUGACUGUAGCAUGGUGUGCGUGUAUCCCAUGGUGCUGUUCGGUGGGGGGCAAGUGAGCGUGGAGCUGCAGCGUGGAGAGUUCAUCAUCUCUCUGGAUGAUGGCUGGAUCAAAUUUGCUGCUGUGUCUCAUGAGGUAAAGCAGACUUGCACUAGAAUAUUACAGUGGCGUGCGGUGACUUUUUUUUAA